UUAGGCCAGUACGAUGGCGACUGGUCUGUCUCCUUCAGCAAAUACUACCAAGAAAGACAGCUCUGCUCCCUGUUCCUUUUCCUUUACUCUCUUCUGGGUACAAUCAAACCUCAUUCAAUUCACUUACCAAGAAGCCUGACUAACAAUUAAAGCAAGAGACAAGGAAGAGUCACACUAGUACUAUAAACUAGUUCUCUCCACUCUUGUAUGGCUCAUUCAUACCUGCAGUGCAUGAGUUAUUAAGGCUAUUAGCAAUGGAGGAUGAUGGUGUGGAAUGUUUGUCAACCUGUGAUGGGAUCUAUAAGGAACACAUUUAUCACCGCCGCCUCUGCCGCCGCCGUCGUCACCACCGUCUUUCAUUGGCCUCCGCCAAUAAGUCUCGGGCAACAAACCUCCAUGAACUUCUGCAAUGCCCUGUCUGCACAAACUCUAUGUACCCACCAAUCAAUCAGUGCCUAAAUGGGCACACUCUGUGCUCCAUUUGCAAAUCGAAAGUAAAGAACUGCUGCCCAACUUGUAGAGAACAACUUGGAGACAUCAGAUGUCUGGCAUUAGAGAAAGUCGCGGAGUCACUGAAACUUCCUUGCAAGUAUUGCUCUUUGGGAUGCAUGGAGAUCUUUCUUUACUACAAGAAAGUUAAGCAUGAGGCUAAGUGUGACUUCAGACCAUACAAUUGCCCCUACCCUGGAUCUGUGUGCUCAGCAACCGGGGAUAUUGCUUUUCUGGUUGACCAUCUGAUAGUUGAUCACAAGGUUGAUAUGCACAAUGCAUGCAGCUUUGAUCAUCUUUAUGUUAAGUCCACUCCCUGGGAGACAGAAAAUGAAGCCAAGAUGCUUAUGGUAUUUAACUGUUACAGCCAUUACUUCUGCCUGCAUUUUGAAGCCUUCCAGCUGGGCAUUGCACCAGUUUACAUUGCAUUUCUCCGUUUCAUGGGCAAUGCGGUUGAAGCCCGAACCUUCAGCUACAGACUGGAGGUUGGAGCACAUGGAAGGAAACUAAUAUGGGAAGGAACCCCUCGGAGCAUACGUGAGAGCCAUCAGAAGGUAAGGGAUAGCCAUGACGGUCUCAUAAUCCAGCGUAACAUGGCACUCUUUUUUUCCACUGGAGAAAGGAAGGAGUUCAAGCUUCGGGUCACCGGACAGAUAUGGAAGACCGAGAGCACCUAGAUUAGAGCAUCUCGAACCCUUUGCUGUCACAUAUGUUCAUUGCUUCUUUUUGCAUGUGUCAAAUUUUGGUGUUGUUUGUCGAACGCAUAUGAAUUCUGGAUAGGUAUGCUCACCACUGAGCUAAAGUUCAUGGACGAUAGCAGUUUUGUGGGUG